AUGGCGGUGCGGCGCACGGCGGUACGGCGUGGGUCAACCAGGAAGGGGAAAGGCCAAAAGACUAAGACCAAGAGCAAGAAGACCUUGGGAAAAGCAGCAGCCCUUCCAGGUCAAUUGUGGUCUCUGUGGCUUCUACAUGUGCUGAAGGAGGGUAGUUGCUGGCUGUACGUUGCGUUGCUGCUGACCCAUGUACUUUGUCUGAGGAUCACCGAAUGCUUGAGGCUACAAUCACGAGACUUUUCAUUCAAGACAAACUUUGUGCUCGUUGGCCCACUUAAGAAGCAAGCAGCAGUCCGAAAGCCGUUGUUGCCAGAGGUCAAACAAGUCUUGAAAUUCCUCAAGGAAAAAGGGAUCACUCGGAAGCGGACGACUAGAAAGGGGGCAAGAGGCGAAGUCACUUGGAUCGAUAGAUGGCGUUGGCCUGAUCAAGGGCAACUCUUUCCUACUAGUCGAGAUGAUUCCUAUGGCACUUGCCGAAGCAAAGACACUGCGUGCAAGGCGGUGUCAAGACUCCGCAAAACGUUUCACGAGCCUGUUGAAUCUUCUAUAAGGACUCAUUCAGGGCGGCAUCGGAUGGUCAAUGACUUGAAAUCAGCUGGAAUUCCUGACGAAGUAGGUAUGGCAUUCGCCCGGAUCAAAGAUCGAAAGACUUAUGAGGGCUAUGGAAAAUUCAGCGAAGAUCAAAAACAUACGGUCAUCAAGAAGAACAAAGCUCUUCGAGACACUGUGGCCAGCUUGUUUCCUAAAGGACAUGGAGUUAUUGCGAAGGCAUCAAAACGAGGCCGCAAUUAG